GCCAUCUUCUAAAUGGAUUCCAGUGAAUUUUCAGGAUCCUUGGACCCCCUGUCCUUGCCUGACAAACCACUUAUUGGUGAUCUCCCUGCUGACAUGGAGUUUGGGGAAGAUCUCCUGGGCUCCCAAACAGCUUCUACCCAGGAAGUUUCAGUUCUUCAGCCCCCUGACUGGGAUCAAUCCAAGCAGAUGACUGCAGAUGGGGAUUUGGACCUUCUAGUGAAAGCAGACAGCCCGUCUGAACUAAACAAAUCAAACGACCUCGUUCUAGAUAAACCUAGUGUCUUAGAUAUGCUGGAGAAACCUGAUGUCUUAGAUGACUUGGAUAAAACUGCUGACUUGAUGGAGCUAGAUAAAUCAGAGGGUCUGGAUGGGCUGUAUAAGGCACAUCCUUCCCAGGAUGUGGAGGAUGGACUGGUGGACUCCUCUGCCCUCUCUAGAGAAGCCCUUGUUCCAGAAACAUGGAAAGAAGGGGAAGAUGCACCAAAAAAUGAUUCUGGGGACCUAAAGGAAGAUGGUGCUGCUGCUAUAUCUGCAUUGUCUGAUGACAACACCCCUGAAUCACCCCAACAGCCCAUUCCUGACUCCAGGGACCUCAGCAGUGCCCCAGCCGUGGAAGAAAUCACAGCACAAUCCUCAAGUCUGCCAAUGCCCCCCCCUCAACUCAAUCUUAAACAGACAAAGAAGACAAGGUUGAAGGUACCAAGGAAAAGCUCACCCAUGCGGAGGGAAGGGCUGGCAGGGGAAGCAGAGGUGGAACUGAGCCAGGACAACAGUACUGCAGCUUUGGCCCCUGAGCCCAUGGAGGAAAACCAGGCAGAGGAAGGGGUUGAUAAUGGGAACAACUCGCUUAAAGAAAGUAGCAUACUGAAAGCACAGGAAGCCUCACCACCAGCAGGAGAAAGCCUGUCUGGGAAGGGAAGUGAGCUGCCAACUGAGAAGGAGCAGAAAAGAAGUGAACGAGCCAGAAGAUCAGAAACUGCCAGGCCUGAAACUGUGAACUCCUCUGAGAGCAUUCCAGUCUCUGAUGAAGACUCUGAUGCAAUGGUGGAUGAUCCCAACGAUGAGGAUUUUGUUCCUUUUCGUACCCGGCGCUCAACUCGCAUGUCUUUACGCACUCAGAUGGCUCAGCGAGCUGCCCGCUCUACUGUCACCAAGAUGACUUGUGCCAACUGCCGGACCCCACUGCAGAAGGGCCAAACUGCCUACCAGCGUAAAGGGCUCCCUCAGCUCUUCUGCUCCAGCUCCUGUCUCACCACCUUCUCAAAAAAACCACCUGGAAAGAAGAUAUGCACCUUCUGUAAAAAGGAGAUCUGGAACACCAAGGACUCUGUGGUUGCCCAGAUCGGUUCAGGCGGCUCUUUCCAUGAGUUCUGCACCUCUGUCUGCCUCUCCCUCUACGAGGCCCAGCAGCACAGACCAGCACCUCAGUCCGCAGAUGCUUCAGACACCAGCCGCUGUAGUGUCUGCCACAAACCUGGCGAGAUCCAGCAUGAGGUCAGCAAUGGGAAUGUGGUUCACCGCAUCUGCAGCGACGCCUGCUUCACCAAGUUCCGGGCCACCAAGGGGCUGAAAACCAACUGCUGUGACAACUGUGGACUUUACAUCUACAACAAGGGCUUGCCCCUGGAGUACCUCUUCCAUGAAGGCCAGCAAAAACGCUUUUGCAACUCUGCCUGUCUCAACAGUUACAAGAAGAAGAACACUCGGGUCUACCCAUGCAUGUGGUGCAAGACGUUGUGCAAGAACUUCGACAUGCUGCCCAAUGUGGAUCGCAGUGGCAAGAUGGGCCUGUUCUGCUCCAUUUGCUGCACUACCUCCCACAAAGUGAAGCAGUCAGGCUUGGUUGGUCCCCCUAGACCCUGCAGCUUCUGCAGAAAGAGUUUAUCUGAACCCUGCUAUUACAACAAGACAGACCGGGUUGUCUACCAGUUCUGCAGCCCCAGCUGCUGGACCAAAUUCCAGCGAACCAGUCCAGAAGGUGGGAUCCAUCUCAACUGCCAUUACUGCCACAAUCUUUUCAGUGGGAAGCCGGAGAUCCUAGACUGGCAGGACAAGGUGUAUCAGUUCUGCUGCAAGGACUGCUGCGAGGACUUCAAGAGGCUGCGUGGGGUGGUGUCUCAGUGUGAACACUGCAAGCAGGAGAAGCUGCUGCAUGAGAAGAUACGCUUCUCUGGAGUGGAGAAGAACUUCUGCAGCGAAGGUCAGACUUCAGAUCCCAAACCACCUGCCCCUUCCCCACAGAAGGCAGAGACUAAUGUGCUGUCAGCAAAGACCUCAGCCCAGAUGUCUCCAGCCGUACCACCUCCUCCGCCCCCUCCAGUUCCAGCCACCCCUCGGAAAAACAAAGCUGCCAUGUGUAAACCACUAAUGCAGAACCGGGGCGUUUCCUGCAAGAUAGAAAUGAAGUCCAAAGGAUGUCAGACAGAGGCUGACUGGAAGCCCCAGGUGAUUGUGUUGCCAAUCCCCGUCCCGAUCUUCGUGCCUGUGCCUAUGCAUAUGUACUGCCAGAAAGUACCUGUGCCUUUCUCCAUGCCUGUCCCGGUGCCUGUGCCAAUGUUCCUGCCCACCACACUGGAGAGCACAGAUAAGAUUGUGGAGACCAUUGAGGAGCUGAAGGUGAAGAUCCCCUCCAAUCCCCUGGAGGCUGACAUCCUGGCCAUGGCUGAGAUGAUUGCAGAAGCUGAGGAACUGGACAAGGCCUCCUCAGACCUGUGUGACCUGGUGAGUAACCAGAGUGCAGAGGGUCUCCUGGAGGACUGUGAUCUGUUUGGACCAGCACGGGAUGAUGUGUUGGCUAUGGCUGUCAAGAUGGCAAAUGUCCUCGAUGAGCCGGGACAGGACCUGGAGGCUGACUUCCCUAAGAACCCUCUAGACAUCAACCCCAGUGUGGACUUCCUCUUUGACUGUGGGCUGGUGGGACCAGAUGAUGUGUCCACAGAGCAAGAUCUGCCUCGUGCUGUCCGAAAGGGGCAGAAGCGCCUGGUGCUCUCUGAAAGCUGUUCCCGGGACUCAAUGAGCAGCCAGCCCAGUUGCACAGUGCUGAACUACUCAUAUGGUGUGAAUGCCUGGAAGUCCUGGGUGCAAGCCAAGUAUGCAGGAGGAGAGACCAGCAAGGGAGAGGAGCUACGCUUUGGCCCCAAGCCCAUGAGGAUCAAGGAAGAUAUCUUGGCCUGCACAGCAGCUGAGCUCAACUAUGGCCUGGCUCAGUUUGUCAAGGAGAUAACAAGGCCCAAUGGGGAGCGCUACGAACCGGACAGCAUCUAUUACCUCUGCCUUGGCAUCCAGCAGUACCUGCUCGAGAACAAUCGUAUGGUGAAUAUAUUUACAGACCUUUACUACCUGACCUUCGUGCAGGAGCUGAACAAGUCCCUGAGCGGCUGGCAACCCACAAUCUUACCAAAUAACACAGUUUUCUCACGUGUCGAGGAGGAGCACCUCUGGGAGUGCAAGCAGCUGGGCGUUUACUCACCCUUCGUGCUCCUCAACACCCUCAUGUUCUUCAACACCAAGUUCUUUGGACUGCAGACAGCAGAGGAGCACAUGCAGCUCUCUUUCACCAAUGUGGUGCGCCAGUCCCGCAAGUGCACCACAGCCCGUGGCAUGACUAAGGUGGUGAGCAUCCGCUACUAUGCUCCUGCCAAGCAGAAGAAAGGCCGAGAUGGUGGCUCUGGAAAACGGAAGCGUGAGGAGGAGGUACCAAUGCUGGAGCAGCGGGAGAACAGGAUGAACCCACUUCGAUGCCCAGUCAAGUUCUAUGAGUUUUAUCUCUCAAAAUGUCCUGAGAGUCUGCGGAACCGCAAUGAUGUCUUCUACCUGCAGCCUGAACGGUCGUGCAUCGCCGAGUCCCCGCUCUGGUACUCAGUGAUCCCCAUGGACCGGAGCAUGCUGGAGAGCAUGCCCGUGAGGGAGAUCUACGAGGAGCACAGUCGGCUCAGCAGCCUGGAGGACGACAUAGACUAAGAGCAAGGUGCUGCCAGACUGGCUGCACUCCAGCCCUGGACAUCUCGUCUUGCCUCCCUGCCUCUUGCUGCAGGGCAGGGGCCAUGCAGUGUGGGAGGGGACAGUGCUGCAGCAGUGCUGUCCCUUCAUCGUUACUGGACUUGGACAUCCCAUCAUGCUCGUUACAGGCCUCUCCUAAAUACGUGGCCCCCGUGCUCAGCCCUGCCUCCUGCCCCAGCUGCUGGGUGAGACGUCUUCCCCGGGGCCAGUCCCCACAGCACAGGGGUGGCAGAGCGCCUGGGGCAGCUGCCCUUGCCCAGCCCUGUCCCCCCUUAACCCCAGCCCUGACACUACCCCCCUCUGCCCCUGCCCCGGGGCAGGAACCACACAAUACUGCAGAGCGCCAUCGGGGGCCAGUGACCCUGAGGCUUUUAAUUCCCCCUUCCUUUAGCAUCCCCUCAUGAGGCUGUGUGUGGCAGGACAGGAAUCGUAGUGCUGCUGCUGCUGUGGCAGGACGGUGUUUUCAAGCCAGUGGGGAAGGACCACCGACAAGCAUGAGAGCUGUUGGGUCUGGGGAGGGCUCAUUCCCAGGGGUGGGAGAGGUUUGGGCUGGCUUCAGGUAGCAGAGGGAGCCGGCGCUGGAACACAAGGGCAGAGACCUAGCCUUGCAGUAAGGAUGCCUGCCUCCCAUGCAGCUGGGCCACCUCCCUCAAUUUUGUCAAUGUUUUCUGAGGUGGCAGAAAACUGAUGGAGACGGGUCUGUGCCAGUGCUGCCCCUCUCUCCCCACUAUCCCCCAUCCUGGCGUAACUUCCCUCCCCUCUGCAAGGUGCCAUUGGUGGGUCCCUCUGCUCCCACUGGGGGCUUGGGCAGCUGCUGGCAGAAACAAGGAGCUCUGCCUGGCCUUCCCCUCCCUCCCAAAGUGGCAGGGAGCCAGCACCCUGCCAGGGUUGAGCUUGGCUCUGGCUGUGCCACUCCCUGCUGCCUCCUGCCCCUCCUCGUGUUCUGGUUGGUUUUCUUGAGCUGUACAUGGGUCUCCUGUUGAGCCUGUAUAUAUUGUUCUGGGCCCUGGCCCAGGGCCAUCUGUUCUCUGUGUCCACGUGGAGAGUAAGCCGCUCACCAGUCUUGUUGUAGUGAUGCCAGGGUGGUAGGACUAACCCUGUGCCUCUGGAAACCAUUCAUUUCAAAUAAAG